CGCGUCCACGAGCGGUAUCUGAUGAGUGAGUUCCGUAAUAGCGGUAUUGAAAUGGUGCACGCGUGAAAUAUUGUAAAUACAAGAACGGAUUUAAAAGAGAAACGCAGUGAAUGUUGUUGAGGAAUUCAGCCUGUCGUCAUCAUCGUUCUAACCUAUUUCACGAAACAUUGUAUUCUUCAUUCUGGAAUUUUCCGACGCGCUGCCAACGUUUGUUUGCCAACAGUGAUUCGGCAUGAUGCCAUGUUCCCGCAAACACUGAGCACAGAACCAUGCAAAAUUAUUAGCAUGGCUGACGAAGUAUUGCCGGCGAGUUUGGAGAAGCUCGAAAUUGAUCGUCUCUCCUCGAGCUGUCCUCAUAUUACACCUACUGACAAAGCAAAGUCAACAAAUCCAUUCAGAACAACAACUAAAAGUGUCAAUUCUGACUGCAGUCAUUUGUUUCAAAGGAGAUCAAUGCCUAUUAGGCCAACAUUAAAUACAAUCAGCUCCAGAGGCGUAAAGAGCACAACGAAUUUCAAACCAUCAAAAAAUGAAAGAGUACUUGAUAAAAAUAAGAAAAACUCAAUAAUCAAAGAGGCUGUUUUAAAAUUAAAUGAUACUGGCACUAACUGUCUUAGUGAUAAUCUAGAGAAUACGUUGCUUAAAGAAACAUGUAAAUUUAGUAUUUGUGGUAAAAAUUCAAAGAUUUUUGGCCAUGGUUCGGUCACAAAGGACUUUAAAGCACUAAAUAUUAGUCAAGAUUCUAGACAAGCUAAGGACGAUACCAGCAUUCAAGAUAAUUACCAAGCUAGUAGCUUUCAACGGGCACGUAGUAAUACGAUGCCAAGUUUGAAAAGAGGACCUGGCCCAGGUGGAGGCAAUAACAGUCAAUCAGAAACACCUAGUUCAACUGGUCAGCCUUCGAGUUCAAAUACAUGUUCAGUACAAGCACGAAUAUCUCCACCUUCGUGUGAUGUCACUAUUGACGAGCUUGCCAGCUACUUCGAGGAGUUUGUUCAUAUUCCAAAGAAGAUGUCACAUAUGGCAGAAAUGAUGUAUAUUUAACUAUAAUAUAUUGAAUUA